AUGUUCAAUUUAGAUGAGCUUGAAACUGAUCCAGGAUUGAGGAUACCAAUUAACAAGAUUUGUUGUAUUGACAAGCAAAAUGAGGAAAUUAACAAGAUUUGUUGUACUGACAAGCAAAAGGAGGAAGUUCGAAGAGCAUACUUGUUGAAAGGUCCUUGCCAACCUAAAGAUCAUAACUUUCCUUUCACUCUUUUUGGAGAUAAAAAGCGUAGGUUUACACCAGAGUGGUACAAAGAAAGUCCAAGUUGGAUGGAAUAUAGUGUGGCAAAAGAUUGCAUCUUUUGUUUAAAUUGUUAUCUUUUCAAAACUGAUUAUGGUGACCAAGCAGGUGGUGAAGUUUUUGUGAGUAAGGGAUUUAAUAACUGGAAAGAUAAAGCGAAAGUGAAAAAACAUGUUGGAGAUCAUUCUAGAUUGACAUUUCGUGGUCAUGACGAGUCGGUUGAAUCUGAAAAUCAAGGUAACUUUAUGGAACUAUUGAAGUUUCUAUCCAAUCAUAAUGACGACGUAAAAAAAGUUGUGCUGGAAAAUGCUCCAAAAAACCAUCAAAUGACGGCCCCCAACAUCCAAAGGGAAUUAACUAGUGUUUGUGCUCAUUUGACGACUAAGAAAAUUAUUGCAAAAAUUGUGAGAGCUAAACAACCGUUCCCUUUACUAGUUGAUGAAUCUCAUGAUGUGGCAGUGAAAGAACAAAUGGUUAUUGUUUUUCGCUAUGUGGACAAAAUAGGUUGUGUUAUUGAACGUUUUAUUGGGAUUGUGCAUGUUAAGAAUAUUUCUGCAAAGUCUUUGAAAAUUGCAAUAGAUGCCUUUUUUGUAAAGCAUGGAUUGAGUUUGACAAGUUACGAGGCAAGGUUAUGA